CGCGAGUGCACGCGGGGCCCCGCGAGGACGUGGAGGAGGAGGGGGGUCCAAAUUUAGCAACGGGGAAGAGGCGAGUGGUAAGCGAUUCGUGCGGCGCGACUUCGAGGCUCUGAGGCGAACAGGGAGCAGUAAUGCGCGAGCUCGGAGGCACGUGAAGCCGCACCGGCGCGCGGCAACUCUCCGCCGGAGGACUCCGCCGGAGGAGGGGAGGAGGGGGCGUGGGGGAGGGAGGGGGAGGGUGCCCCGAUGCGCGUGCCCGCAAUGGGCUGCGCCUCCAGCAAGAAACAGCAGUCGGUGGGGCCCGGCGACGAGGAGGAGGAGGGGGGGGAGACCAACGGAGCGAGCGCCGAGAGGGCGCAGCACAACGGGGACGCGCACAAGAAGGGAGACAAACCCUCGAAGACGGACGUGGAAGGGCCGAAGAAAAAGGCCGCCGGCGCCGAUGGGAUCGGUGCUCUCAGCACCAUGCAGAACCACCUCGCCGCCAGGCCCGAUGCCAACGACCGAUUUGCGGGGAUUGCCGGGGAUGCGGCGGCCGGGAAGCUGGGAGUCGGGAGGCAGAUCGUGAGAGAUGGUCUUCAAGUGAGCGGAGGAGCGCGAGCCAACCUGCACCUGUCGGAAAGUCAAAUUGAGUUCUUCCGCAUGUUGGAUGAGAAGAUAGAGCGGGGGCGCGACUACUGCUCUGACGACGAGGACGUGACAUAGGCGAGGACC